CACCGAGGAGAGCUUGGUACAGACGGCAAAUUUAGAGAUAGAAAAAUGGUAUUAAAUCAGUUAUCAUCUCUAGUCUCAGAAGUGUCACAUGGACAGGCUUUCUUAGGUCUGUGUAGUUUACUUAUUUCCCUUAUUGUUAUUUUGCUGAUCCGGCAGCUUGUGAAGCAGAGGAGACCCCGAGGAUUUCCUCCUGGACCGUCACCUAUUCCUGUCAUAGGGAACAUUAUGUCUCUAGCAACAGAACCGCACGUCUUUAUGAAGAAACAGAGUGAAAUCCAUGGGCAGAUUUUCAGUCUUGAUUUGGGAGGCUACUCAGCAGUGGUUCUGAAUGGAUAUGAUGCCAUCAGAGAAUGCCUGUACCACCAGGGUGAUGUCUUUUCUGACCGGCCAUCACUGCCUUUAUUUAUGAAAAUGACAAAAAUGGGAGGACUUCUGAAUGCUAAAUUUGGCAAUGGAUGGAUUGAACAUCGUCAACUGGCCAGCAACUCCUUUCGUUACUUUGGCAGUUUUCAAAAGCCCCUCGACCAGAAGAUCCUGGAAGAGUGCAUGUUUUUUGUGGAUGCCAUCGACGAACACAAAGGGAAACCAUUUAACCCAAAGCACCUGGUGACCAAUGCUGUGUCCAACAUCACCAACCUCAUCAUCUUCGGCGAGCGUUUCACGUACGACAACUGUGACUUCCAGCACAUGAUCGAGAUCUUCAGUGAGAAUGUGGAGCUGGCCGUCAGUGGCUGGGCCUUCCUUUACAAUGCCUUCCCAUGGAUCGAGUACCUCCCCUUCGGAAAGCACCAGAAGCUGUUCCGCAACGCAGCCAAGGUCUAUAACUUCCUGGAGCAGAUCAUCAGGCGCUUCUCGGAGGGCAGAGUGUGCAACUUCCCGCGCCACUACAUCGAUGACUACCUGAACAAGUUGGACAAGAGUGCUGGCGACUUGGGCACCCCGUAUUCCAGGGAGAACCUAAUCUACUCUGUGGGCGAGCUCAUCAUCGCAGGCACGGAGACCACCACCAACACCCUACGCUGGGCUAUGCUCUACAUGGCCCUCUACCCCAACAUUCAAGAGAAGGUGCAUAAGGAGCUGGACAGUGUGCUGGGAAGUGGGCAAUCCCCCUCGCUGGCAGACAAAAAGAGGAUGCCCUAUGUGGAAGCGGUGCUACAUGAGGUCCUGCGCUUCUGUAACAUCGUGCCCCUGGGCAUCUUCCGCGCCACCACUCAGGACACACUGGUGAGCGGCUACAACAUCCCCAAAGGCACCAUGGUCAUCACCAACCUGUACUCUGUGCACUUUGAUGAGAAGUACUGGUGUGACCCUGGAACCUUCUCACCACAUCGCUUCCUGGACAGCAAUGGACACUUUGUCCGACGGGAAGCUUUCCUACCCUUCUCUCUGGGGAAGCGUCACUGUUUGGGCGAGCAUCUGGCCAGGAUGGAGAUGUUCCUGUUCUUCACCACCAUGCUGCAGCGCUUCCACCUGCAGUUCCCCCCCGGCACAGUGCCAAGCCUCACCCCCAAACUGGGCAUGACCCUGCAGCCGCUGCCUUACUCCAUCUGCGCCGUCCGCAGGCAGCAGUGA